UGGUAGGAGUACUAUACGCAGUAUACUUACUUCAAAACGAAGCAAAAAACAUAACAAGAAAGCGAAAAUACAAAAAACCAAUUCACCAAUCACUUCACAAUCACCUCCGAUCGAACCCCUAAAAUCGCCGGCGCCGACACGCUGUGCGGCCAUUCCACCCGCCGGUAAUGUCGCCGGCGGCGGCAGAGUUCAAUUCCCCAACCAAAACCCAAUCAACACAACAACCACCGUUUACUCCUCAAAAUCCUAACCCUAACUUCACUUUCAGCGCAUUUUCCAUAAACAAUCUCUCCGAGCAGCAUCAGAGUUCGUUCCCAAACGGCUUCGCUUUCGGCCCGGCUGCUUCGCCGUCCGGUGACUCGGCCGUCUCGAGCCGGUCGAAGCCGAGGCUCGUGAAGAGGAGGCGGCUAGGGUUUCGGCGAGGCAAGUGUUCUACACCGGGGCCGCCUUGUGAAGGAUCGGGUUUGAAUUCCAACCAAGUUAAUAAUAAUAGUUCUAGUACUACUGAUACAUCAAAUGGGUUAAGUGCUUCAAUCGAUGGUGUCAUGUAUGGGAAGUUUAAUAAUGAGGCUUUUGUGUUUGGUGCAAGUAAGAGUGGUUUAGAGUCGAAUUUGAACGCGGAAAAUAAGCAAACUUGUAGUGAUGGGGUUGGUAGAUUCAAUGACGUGGGUUUUGUUUUCAGUGCGGAUAGAAGUAAUUGUGGUUCACACUCAAAUCCAGAGCAGAAAGAAUGUAGUCGAGACGGGGGGAAAUGUGGUGCCGAGGAGUUUGGGAAAUCUGAAAAUGUGGGUAAUUUAUUGGGUGAUUAUAGGAGUAGUUCAGAUAAGAAUAGUUUGAUUUCAGGUUUGGAUACAGAAAAGACUCAAAGCGGUGGAAUGGGACAAAGAAGUAGUGAUGGUUUUGUUUUUGGUGUCUAUGUGAGUAAUUUUGAUUCGGACCAUAAUGAAUCUAGUUCAGGCAUGGUAAAAUCUGGUGCCAAAGAGUUUGGGGAAUCUAAAAAUUCAGGUUUGUUGUUUGGUAAUAGUAGUAGUCAGCUACUAUAUUCCAAUUUGGAAAAUGGCCAGUGUUGUGAAAGCGGGAAAUCUAAGGAUACAGUUGAUUUUGUGUUUGGUGCUUAUAAUCGCUGUUCAACAAGCAAAUCAGACUCAGAGGUGAAACAAUCUGGGUCUGAAGAGUUUUCUUUCCACAGUAAGCAUGGAAACUUAAUGCAAAAUUCAACAUUUGAAGAGAGAAAAUAUAGUGAAAAUGUAGAGAAAUUGGCUUCUGAUGGAAGGGGGAGAAUGAACUUUGAUUUUGGGAAAGUAGAUGAUUUAGGUUUUGUAUUUCAUGGUAACUGGAGUGAACUGAGGACAAACUCGAAUUCGGUGAAGAAUGAAUCCCCUGAAAAUGGGGGAAAAUCAGUUCCAAUUGACAACCAGAAAAUGAAGUCUGGAGCACAGUUCGGUAAGUUUGAUAAGAUAGAUUUUGUUUCUAGUGUUUGUCCGGAGGCUUCAUUAUCGACUAUAGAUUCCGAAAAAGGAGAAACCAGUCGAAGUGCUGGGAAUCUGAGCUUUGAGGACAGUGGAAAGUCGAAAGAUAUUGAAGUAGAGGCUCAGAAAGCAGAAGCUCAUGAUGUUUUUGUUUUUGGGAGUAGCAGUGCGAAAAGUUCUAGUGUCAGUGAAAGCACUGAGGUUGGUGAUGAAAUGAGCAAGGUGAACCCUCAAAAUGUUCGGAAUGAUGCUGGCUCUGCGGACACUUAUCUUGGUAAGUUGGAUUUUCUAAUAAACAGCAAAUCCAAUUUUGUAUUUGGAAGCAGUGCUCAUACCAUCGGUGCUUCUGGGACAAGCACAGUAAGCAAACUAUCUGAUGAGAUGAAGAAAAUGACAGCCUGUGAUUGCAAAAAGAUUGGAUGUUCUUGCCACAUGAAAGAUCCUAGUAUUGAUGCUAGUGCCUGUUCUAAACCUGUUUUUGUAUAUGGAAAUAACAAAAAGUCGCCUGGUUAUUGUACUGGAAAAUCCCGAACUACUUCUUGUGAUCAAAUGAUGAAUGAAAGUUUUCUCAGACAUGGAAAUGGGAGUGCUGAAGGAUUUAACUUUAGAACCAUCGAAGAGGAUACCCUUGUAUUUGCAAGUAGUAGUGAUGCUGCUUGCUCUUUUGGUGAGGCUGCCCAACACGCAAUGCCUAAUGAAAAUAAUCAACACGCAAGAAGUUGGUUGGGAGAUUCGGAUGAACAGAUAAAACUUGGGUGCGGUGUUUUUAGAUGUGUUUGGGAGGAGAGGCAACCAAAAAAUACCAAUAAUAAUAGCUCCAAUGAUCCCUCUCUCGGUAUCCCUACUCCAAAUCCAUUUAUUUUUCAGGCUGAGCGAGAUAUAGGAUAUGAUGGGCCUCGAGAUCAGCUCAAUGAUCAUUCAAAACUGAAUAUACCUACCAACGAGGCUUUGUUUCCUCCUUGUGGGCUUGAUUCUGAAGCACUUUCCUCAGGCAGAGUUGAGAAUGAGUGUAACUUCAGGUUUGCAAACACCCCACUGGGAGUAGGGGAAUCCGUGAAGGACUUUAGAAUGCCGAAUGUUGAUACAUCGUGUGCAUUUAUGGUGAAUUUAUCUCCCAGGUUCAAUAAAAAGUUUGAAUCUAGUGGAAAGAGGAGAUCAGAAAGGGACAAGGGAUGCAAGAAUAGGAGAGGAAAGUUGAGGCGGGCUUUUCCGGAGUCAAGGCAAAAUCAUCUGCCUAAAGAAGAUUCCCAGCAACAAAUGGAGUCUCCUAGAAGCUAUUCACCGAUGGAUUUUACUCCAUAUCAGGAUAACAACGAUGCACCCUCCACCUCAAAUGUGACAAGUUCUCCACAAGGGAAAAAUGAAGAUUUAGAAACUGUGAGUGAAGGUGCCAUCAGCGAAGGUGAUAAGAAAUGCAGAGGGUCAAACGAAGAAUAUUUACGUAGUCACCAAGAAAGAGUUGUUGAUUCUUCUUUAGAAGAAAGUCAAACUGAUUGCAGUAAUUCCAACACUAAGAGGGAAGAAAGUGAUUGUAAUAAGCAAAAUCAAUUUUGUUUUGCCUCAAGGGAAAAUGAUGAUGUUGAGAGAAAUUUUACCUUCUCUGCCUCUUGCACACAAGACAAGCUUUCAGCAACUAGGCGUCACAACCAAAAGAAAUAUAGGAUGAAAGUUGGCCAUGCUCCAAAUACGACCAACCCAAGUCAAAAAGUUGACGCUGCAUCUUCCUCGGUCCAAUUUCCAGUACAGCCGCAUGAUAAAGAAGGGAAUCUUAAUAGUAAAUAUAAAGGGAAUAAAGAAGAUGAUGAGCAGGGGUCUACUGCUCAAACUCAAAAAACCUGUCAGAAGUGGCGGAAUAGGGGAAAUCAAGCUUAUGAGAAAGGGAAUCCGUCCAAAGCUGAGGAAUUUUACACAAAGGGUAUAAACUCGGUCCCUCACAGUGGGACAUCAGGAUGCUGCAUUGCGCCUCUUGUGCUGUGUUAUAGCAACCGUGCUGCUGCUCGGAUGUCUCUUGGAAGGAUGAGGGAAGCCUUAGGUGACUGUAUGCGAGCUGCUGCUCUCGAUCCCAACUUUCACAAAGUCCAAAUUAGAGCUGCAAAUUGUCAUCUUGAGAUGGGGGAAGUUGAAGCUGCACUCCAAUACUUUAGCAAGUGCUUAGAGACAGGGGCUGAAGUCUGUCUGGAUCGUAGAAUAAUAAUAGAAGCUGCCAAUGGCCAACAAAAGGCCCAGAAAGUGGCCAAGUGUGUGAAUCAGUGUGCUGAACUUAUCCGAAAGAGAACUUGCAAUGCAGCAAUUAGUGCUUUGGAAGUAAUUUCUGGGGUCUUCUCAACAAGUUCUUAUUCAGAGAAAUUACUUGAAAUGAAAGGAGAGGCUCUUCUCAUGCUCGGGAGGUAUGAAGAGGUUAUCCGACUCUGUGAGCAGACUCUUGUUUUUGCUGAACUGAAUGUUGUCUCAGUAGCUGGUGAUAACAACAUAGAUAUUGUGGAUGGUCCUACAUACAAUAACUCAUCUAUAAGGCUGUGGAGGUGGCAUCUGAUGGCCAAGUCCUACUUUCAUCUGGGAAGGCUUGAGGUGGCUCUUGAUUUGCUAGAGAAGCAAGAGCUAUUGAGGUCUUCUGAAGACAGGUGUGGAACCAACAUGCAGGAGUCAUCAAUUCCAUUUGCUGUCACUGUUCGUCAACUUUUACACCACAAGAAUGCAGGGAAUGAAGCUUUUCAAUCUGGUAGGCAUACACAAGCAGUGGAGCAUUAUACUGCUGCUGUAUCCAGCAGUAUUGAAUCACGUCCUUUUGCAGCCAUUUGUUUUUGCAACCGUGCUGCGGCGCACCAAGCUCUGGGCCAAAUUUCGGAUGCCAUCGCUGAUUGCAGCCUAGCCAUAGCUCUUGAUGGAAGUUACUCAAAGGCAGUUUCUAGAAGAGCCACAUUACAUGAGAAAAUUAGAGACUAUGAACAAGCAGCCAGUGACCUUCUGUUACUAAUAUCUCUUUUUGAAAAGCAAUCUCAAGAAGAAUUAACUCAAGUCCGUCGCCGCCAUUAUUCCAUGGAAGAAAAGGCAAAAAAGGGAAUGUCCUUGGAUCAUUACCUCAUUUUGGGUAUUAAACAAUCUGAUACAGCAUCGGAAAUAAAAAAGGCAUACCGGAAAGCAGCACUGAGACAUCAUCCAGACAAGGCUGGUCAAUUCCUGGCAAGAAGUGAGAGUGGAGAUGAUGGGAAACUAUGGAAGGAAAUAGCUGAUGAAGUCCAUAAGGAUGCUGAUAGACUUUUCAAAAUGAUCGGAGAGGCAUAUGCAGUACUUUCAGACCCCACUAAGCGUUCACAGUAUGACCUUCAGGAGGAAUUGAGGAAUGAACAGAAGGGGAAGAAUGGAAGCAGAGGGUUCAGAGGAUCACCUGAGUUUUACAAGUCUCCAUCUAGAACCACUGCAAAUGGGCAGUAUCGUCAGGGGUACAGGUACUCCUAUUAUGACGAAUGGUAACAAGCUGUAAAAGAAGAGGAUUAUGUUGUUGUGGCAGCUAUGUUGUGAUCUUAGAAAAAAUAAAAACCAAUUGACAUACAUUCCAAGUUCCAUGGACAAUAUGCACCAAAAAAGGGAAAACAAAACAAGCUCCAUCAAGAUUGGUUGGGGGGGGGGGGGGGGGGGGGGGUGGUGUUUGGUGGCGGCGGGGGGGGUGGCUAGGUAUGGUAUAGUAUGUAGAUAAUUUUGUGACGGAGAGAUGGCAGCGUGGGAGAAGGGAGGAAAUAAUUAUACUUUUGAUGCCAACUACGACUGGGAUAUUCCCAUGAAAAAAACAUGGAAAUUCCGUUUUUACCAACCCCAAAAUUUUGUCAUGUAAAGUGGGUUGGAAUAGCAUAGUGCAUACAAAGUUGUGAAACUUGUAUGUAUUUUUGGAUAUAGAUACUACAGAUUGGUUAUCAAGAUAUGGCUAUUUAUAAUGUAAGGUAUUGUGAUGGAUUCUAUGAACUAGUGAAUGUGAUGGAUUCUUUUAUCUGGAGAGUUUGGAAA